UUUCUCGCCUGCGGCUGAAAUUUGCACGGUGAACCGCUGCUGGAGGCAAUGUGGAUAUAGUGUUGAGGUUUUCAUUUUAAUAUAUACAUGUGCAUAGUCACGCAAACAGGCGGAAAACGUAGAGAAAGUGUUUCCUUUUCUCUUUUUCUUCCUUUUCCCGGCUGUUAGUGGUCUCCCGUGAGCGUUUUACAUGCGGACUGUCAUUCAGAAAUACUACAGCCUGCAUUUGGAGCGCUCACGUGUUUGACCUUAGUCUGUAUAUAUUAGAUUUUUCCUACAUUUAUACUCAUAUAUUUCCGUUCUCUUAGUUAUAUGUUACUUUUGUAUACUUUGUCAAAGUCGACUUCAUUUAUUACAACAAGUUGACGUUGCGGUGACAGUACGUGUCUUCACGUUUGUUAAUGACUCUUAGUUUGAAUCGCGGAUUAAGUUAUCGAAGCCAUAAAAUCACUGGAGAGGAGGUGAGGAACUUUUUCCGGCAUCGUAUACGUGCAGGUCAUCAGAGGGUAACAGACUGUGGAUAUCUCAUCACUGCUGGGAGUUUUACAAUCAAAGAGGCUCAGCAUUCUUCUUCCUGAAAAUUAAGCCAAAAUGGAGCUUCUCUGGUUCUUUCUGUUGCUGGAGAUGGUCCUAAUGUCUGCUGCUGCCAGGGGUCCACCCAGGGUGUCAGAGCGGGUGGCCCAUCGGCAGAGUGUCCGUCUGGGUCGCACCAUGAAGCUGUCCUGCCCCGUAGAGGGUGACCCCCCGCCGCUCAUCAUGUGGACCAAAGAUGGCCGCAACAUCCACAGUGGCUGGACACGGUUCAGGGUGUUACAGCAUGCUCUGCGUAUUAAAGAGGUGGAGACUGACGACGCCGGGACUUACAUCUGUAAGGCUACCAACGGGUUUGGCAGUGUAAACAUCAACUACACACUCAUUGUUAUAGAUGACUCCAGUUCAAGAGGUGGAGCAGGGAUGAACGACGGUGACUCUGAACAUGCCCCAGAGCUGGCUGGGAAACUGGUACGUCCACGUUUCACCCAGCCAUCAAAGAUGAGGAAGCGCGUCAUCGCUCGCCCAGUGGGUAGCUCAGUGCGUCUGAAGUGUACAGCAAGCGGAAACCCUCGCCCCGACAUUGUCUGGCUGAAGGACAGUCGGCCGCUGAUGGACGAGGACGGUGGAGCAGGAGGGGAAGGGAAGAAGAAGAAAUGGACCCUGAGUCUGAAGAACCUGAUGCCAGAGCACAGCGGGAAGUACACCUGCCACGUCUCAAACAGAGCAGGAGAGAUCAAUGCCACCUACAAAGUGGAAGUCAUACAGCGUACAAACUCUAAACCCAUUCUGACCGGUACUCACCCUGUCAACACCACCGUGGACUACGGAGGAACCACAUCUUUCCAGUGUAAAGUCCGCAGUGACGUCAAGCCGGUUAUUCAGUGGCUUAAAAGAGUUGAACCUGGUGACGAGAACAAAUUUAACUCCACCAUAGAGGUUGGAGACCAUCGCUUUGUGGUCCUGCCUACAGGGGAGGUUUGGUCGCGUCCUGACGGAUCAUACCUCAACAAGCUGCUGAUAACCAGAGCCAAGGAGGAGGAUGCCGGCAUGUACAUCUGCCUGGGAGCCAAUACCAUGGGCUACAGCUUCAGGAGUGCCUACCUGACGGUGCUACCAGAUCUGAAGCCCCAAAGCAACUCUGUCCCUACGGCAACAUCCCCUAGCCUCCCCUGGCCCGUCAUUAUUGGAAUACCAGCAGGUGUUGCCUUCAUUUUAGGCACCGCCCUCCUCUGGUUCUGUCAAUCAAAGCGCACCUGCUCCUCCUCUUCUUCAUCCUCCUCUGCUCUUCCUGUUGCCCAGCGUCUGCCUGUGGCCAAUCGUGACCGAGCCUGCCCAGCAGUACCUUCUCAAACAGCCAACGGGGAUAAAGAUUGUCUUUCAUAUGAGGACUACAUUGCCCAUCAGCAGCUGCUCCUGGCUCAGGGAGGCGCAGGAUUGGCUCCCAAGAUCUACCCGAAGAUCUACACGGAUAUACACACACACACGCAUUCACAUGUGGAUGGGAAAGUGCACCAACACCAGCACAUUCAUUACCAGUGUUAGCAGCAAGGCUAACAGCAAGCUUUGGUGAUACACAUUCAACUCUUACAUGAACAUGUUCCUGUGCAUGCAGACUCAUUCACAACAGUCCAUACUAACUGCUGACGUACAGAGCAAAGAACAAGGACAGCCACAUGCAAGAGAGCACGCAGUUCAUGUACAGAAACAUUGGAUCACACAACUCUUCCUCAUUCUGCUGCAGCCAUGUUGUUGUGUAAACACGGACUUAUUCAAGACACAAAUAAUGAAGAAUGUAAAGAAAGAAGACAAAGAUCCUUAUUUUUUGCCAAUCUGGAUGCCUAUCCAAAACCCCAAAAUAUGUUUUAUUCAAGCUUUUUUUUAUACGAACUCUUUUCUGAAGAUGUUUAAAUCUCUCGUUUCUCAAAGGCCUUAUUUGAAACCAUAGUGAACUCUGCAGCUUCGAGGUAACUUUAUAACCCAACAAUUUAUCUGUCUCUGUUCUUUUAGUAUUUUGGACAGAACCACAGCCUCCUCAGUAAGAGUAGAAAUACAGAUUGCCUUCAUUACAAGGUUCCAACUAUAGUUACUCAUGUAUAUAGUGGAAUAAGAUUAUAUGGCAUUUAGCAUGCUACUUCAUCCUGGGUAAUCUAUAAAGAACAAUAUAGCAUGUGUGUAAUAAUUUAGUGAUAUAUCUCAGGCCUCAACCCAACUGAGCCUAAGAAACACAAAUAAGACAAACUCCCACUGUAGGAUGUAAGGAUGCGAGCUGCUGGUUUUUGCUUCUGCUGAGCCGACAGCCCUUCUGAUAAAUGUCCGGCUGCUAUCUGGGUAAUGUGUGAAAAGAUCUGAUGUCAAACUGGGUUGCUGACUCCAGAGAGCAUGUAUCUGUCUUAUUAGAAUGAUUUUAACUGCAGCUACAGGGAGAUUUCUUCUACAACCUAGGAGCUCCUCAAGACGACAGUUGCAGAAGCUCUCCCAGCUCUGAUUAAGUACAUUUUCUGACCCUUUACUUCCUGGGGGUGGCAUUUCUUGUUUGUCAUCGUCUCCUUUGCAGCUUUGUUUGAUGCUUGCUGACUUUAGAAGAGAGAGAUGAAGGAUAUCAGUUCUCCAUAUUUCAUACAUUCAACCUCUUUAGUCGAGGUGCAGUGCCUCUGUAAAAUGGUGCCUUCUAACAACUGUUUCCAGAUUUCGUGGAUCAAUGUUGGAUCACUGGAUAUGUCACAGAUUCUUGUUAAUCUGUUAUGAGAUUGAAAGGGCUUAAAAGAGAGGAACAUCCUCAGACUAUGUACAAAUACAUAAACUGCUCUUAGUGCUUUACAAUGGAAAGGAAUUAUAAUAACAUCCUGAUAAAUUUAUAGAUAUGUCUGGAUUAUUUGAUUUGAUCUGCAGAUUUACCAUUCGUUUUACUGACCACCUUAAGAGAUGUUUAAAAUAAAGAGAUCUACAAAUUUCUUUUAUAUGCAUUUACAUGUGGAUUUUAGCCAUUUUCUCUGUAUUUGACUAUAAUUUGGUCUCAUGUUAAUGCCAUUUGAAAGCCCUCACAUACCUGUGGUACACCCCCACAAAUGUUUUCACUAAUUUUUGCUUAUUAGACCUCCUCCAAGUGUGGGACAACUGAAACUUUUAUCAUUCUUAUUCAUAUAAUGAGUUUGGUAAAUUUAGGUAAUUAUCAAUGUUGCUCUACAUGGCUUCAUCCUGAGCAGAGGUCUAAUCAGCCAGAUGAACUGAAAACACCUGUUUGGGUGUUCAGGGCCUUUAAUUUGUAAAUGAGGUCCCCAACAGUUGUUAUGAGUAAAGCAAUUAGUACACUAUAUAAAUGAUCCUAAAAUAAGCAGUUUUCAAAGCCAAUUUAAGCUUAAGUUAGAGAGAGUAGAUAUAAAGUUAAGGUCACAUUUGCCAGGUGAUGAUAUUGUGUUUGGGAUUGUAAAAUCAAAUUAACCCAAUGCAUCAGAAGAAAGAUAUAAGGGAUCCACAAAAUCCCAAAGGUCAUUAUGAAAAAAAGUCCAGAAGUCCAUAGAAUUUCUUUCUUUUCUUUUGUUUUCUUAAAUUUAUUUUCACUAGCACUAAGAUCUGUACUGCUUACUUACUUAACUGACACUACUAAAGCAUGAACAUAAUUUGCAAAACUAGAAUCAGUAAAGUACUGGUUAUUCAUAGUCAAAUAAUAGGAUUUCGUUAGAAACAUGCAGAUUCCAAUCUUUUCUACUGGGUAUUCUCAUGUAUUUAGUCUUAUUGUUUCAUUGCAUUUUGCAUUGGCUACUCCUGAUAGGUGUUGGGAAGUUCCCUCACACCACACCAUGAUAAAAUCAUUUAGAUUGACCCAAAACUCAUCAGAAACCAGCCCUAACAAACCUCCUUCCUUUCGCUCUUUCUCAGGUGUCCAUCUUGUUUUUCCUGUGUGCACCCAUGAAUCUGACCACUAUAUAAACUCUGCAUAAAAUGUUAUGCUAAGAUUAAAUCUAGAUUUCAGCUGUUUUACAUUAGAGCACCCUAAAAGACAUACUCAGCCAUGUGUGAGUGUAACAGUGGGGUGACUCUGGCCAGAGAUGUUUAAACAUAAAAAUGAAUGUCUGCUAAAGAAAGGAAAGAAUUGUAGGCUUACCAUGAAGUUGAUUGCAUUUGCAUUAAGUCUGUGUUUCCUGCUGCAGACCUUCUUCAGGACAAAAUACAACAGUGAGAACUUAAGGCGUAAAGGUGUUACAAUCAUGUGACAGGAAGUGAUAUAUUGACAUCACCUGGUAACUUUAGUUACACAUGUGGUCGAUCUUCAGCAUGAAUUUUCCACAUAAAUAUCAAGAAAGAAAAAUGUACAACUAUAUUCAUAUGUAUAAUUCAUAUAUGCCCAUUUUUAUAAUACUCAUUGGCAUGUUAUCUUUAUCCUGAAAAGAACAGGGGGCCUGCAGACCAGAGCUUAUAUUUUCAAUCCCUUUUAUAGAUUUUGUUUCAAACCUGUGUCCUUUGUAUUAUUAUAAAUGUAAGGUGUAGCUUGUAAAACAUGCAAUCUUCAGAUAUGAUUAGCCACACCUUUCUACCUGCACAAAGACCUAUUUACCUAAAUUAAGUAUAUGUGUUUCAUAUCCCCAACAGACAGCCUGCGACCAGUGUAUUUCAUGUUAGUGCCCUCUCUCCGUUCCGAUAUAACAAAUAAAAUGCAUAUGAAAGUACAAAGUACUAAAAUUAAGUUAAUUAGAACAGCAAAGAAUAAGAUUAUAUAAAAAUGAUUAUUAUUAUAUUACAGUUCCAAAUGGAGACAUUUAUCAUUUAUUUUCCUCUCUAGAAACAGCGUAAACUGCAUUAGUAGCUCUCCCUUUGAUAUGUUCUUCUUGUCCUCCCAUCAUUUCUGCUUUGAAACAUCUGCUGAACAGCUGGAGUGUGUUUUUUUGUUUUAAAGUAUUUCUUCCAAUGUUGGAGGGAUGGAAAAGUAAGUAACAGUAACAUUUUCCUCAAUGUUUUUCUGUGAAAAUCAUUGUCAACUCAGUUUUUCACUUAUUUCACACAUUAAACUCAGUUUAAAAGUUUUUUUGUGUCAAAGCUAAUGGACUGCCAAUAGAAAAACUGUGUAUAUGUGCACUUACCACUAGCAUGUUCAUGGAAUGACAUUUCUGUUGAAAUUAUAGGCAUUUUUGGAUCGUUUAGUGAGAAUGCUUUGGACCAUACACUAGCUCUAGCAACACAUUGACCCACAAAAAUUGUCUCGAGAUUCAAAAAGAAAGUGUGUUUCUAAUUUAUUUUGUUUUUUUCAUAUAAUUGGGCAUUAUACUGCAUGAGUGGAUUUUGUGUUAUACUAGUAACGUAAGCUAUGUAGCAAAUACCAUGUUCACGUCAUUGUAAGAUACUGUAUUUAUACGUGCUGACGGAAUAUACGAAAUUUUAUCAUUAAUCUUUGUAUCGACAAUCUUGUACAGUCUGUUGUCAUAUAGGUUAAAAGUAUGUUUUCUCCCAUUUUAAUCAUUUUAAUGGUGCCAUUAAAAAAGUUAAAUAUA